GUCGGUUGGGAAGACGAUAACAAGCGUCAUUUGGUCCUUAGUCCAACCAAUCCGAUUCGAGCCAUCGAUCUAAGGAUUCCAUUAAGAAAGAAUCGACUUAAGGAUUCGAUCAAGAAUCGACCUAAGGAUUCGAUUAAGAAAGAAUUGACCUAA